CCGUCGUCUUUAAAUACUCUGCCAUUAAUUUGGACCUUGCUGCUAGCUAGCUCGCUAACGUUGGUGUUCUUCAGGCUGAGAAAGUCGUCCCAAAUGGUGGAUUCAUCUUUCUAAAACAUUUAGCUGAUACGGACAUCUUAUCGUCUUUGUGUUAAGUGGGUGAGUGUGAAGAGUCGUGAAACGAAUAGCAGGCUCUUUGUGCCAAGGGUCUAACCCCCUCCCCUCCACGCUUCAUCGCUUCCGCCCUGCUUGCCGUUGCAGACCACAGUCAUGACGACUCAGAGGGACCCAGACACGGUGAACCUGCGGCUCAUCCUUGUGAGUGGGAAGACCAAAGACUUCACCUUCUCCCCCAACGACUCGGCCACCGACAUCGCCAAGUACGUCUUCGACAACUGGCCCACGGGUUGGGAGGAGGAACAGGUGAGCAGCCCGAACAUCCUUCGGCUGAUCUUUCAGGGCAGAUUCCUCCAUGGCAACGUCACUCUGGGAGCUCUCAAACUUCCCCCGGGCAGAACAACAGUCAUGCAUCUGGUAGCGCGGGAGACACUGCCAGAGCCGAACUCCCAUGGUCAGAGGAACCGGGAGAAGGCCACAGAGAGCAGCUGCUGUCUGCUUUUGUAAAGCACACAACCCCCCCCCCCCGCCCCCUUAUCCUGCUCCUCACCCGCAAAUGCCCCCCCCCCCCCCCCCUUCCCCGAUA